CCACCCUCUCCUCUUCCUCCGGGGGUAUCACCCAAGGCACGGGAAGCCCGCGACGGGACUCGAGCGGAGGUACCGCCGCCGGGAACGCCGCGGCGGAGUCAUGAAGAUCAAAGAUGCCAAGAAGCCGUCUUUCCCAUGGUUUGGUAUGGACAUUGGGGGAACCCUUGUGAAACUUGCAUAUUUUGAACCUAUCGAUAUCACUGCAGAAGAAGAGCAGGAAGAAGUUGAAAGCUUGAAAAGUAUUCGCAAAUAUUUGACAUCAAACGUAGCCUAUGGGUCCACUGGUAUUCGGGAUGUCCACCUUGAACUCAAGAACUUGAUACUUUUUGGGCGAAAGGGAAACUUGCACUUUAUCCGAUUCCCAACCCAUGAUCUGCCUACUUUUAUUCAAAUGGGAAGAAGUAAAAACUUCUCAACGCUGCAUACGGUGCUCUGUGCCACUGGUGGUGGUGCCUAUAAGUUUGAAGAAGAUUUUCGCACAAUUGGAGACCUCCAGCUGCACAAACUGGAUGAACUUGACUGCCUUGUCAAAGGCUUGCUGUACAUAGAUUCUGUCAGUUUUAAUGGCCAGGCAGAGUGCUACUAUUUUGAAAAUGCAUCAGAACCUGAAAGAUGCCAAAAGAUGCCUUUUAACCUGGAUGAUCCGUACCCGUUGCUGGUUGUAAACAUUGGUUCAGGAGUCAGUAUAUUAGCUGUCCAUUCCAGAGACAACUAUAAGAGAGUAACUGGAACAAGUCUAGGUGGUGGGACCUUUCUUGGCUUGUGCAGCUUGCUGACUGGAUGUGAAAGUUUCGAAGAAGCUCUAGAAAUGGCAUCUAAAGGGGAAAGUACACAUGCCGACAAGCUAGUCCGGGAUAUUUAUGGAGGAGAUUAUGAACGGUUUGGCUUGCCUGGGUGGGCAGUGGCAUCUAGCUUUGGGAAUAUGAUCUACAAGGAAAAGCGUGAAUCUGUUAGUAAGGAAGACCUGGCUAGAGCUACACUGGUUACUAUCACCAAUAAUAUUGGAUCUAUAGCACGGAUGUGUGCUGUAAAUGAGAAGAUAAACCGUGUUGUCUUUGUUGGUAACUUUUUACGUGUGAAUACGUUGUCGAUGAAGCUUUUGGCAUAUGCACUGGAUUACUGGUCCAAAGGCCAGUUGAAGGCCUUGUUCCUAGAACAUGAGGGAUACUUUGGAGCAGUUGGUGCCCUCCUUGGAUUGCCAAAUUUCAGCUGAAGUGCAAAGCAUCACAAAACUGAAUUAUUUCCUACCUUUCUGGCAUUAUUACAACACUGUUUUAUAUCAACUGGAACCAAAGGGCUGCUGUCUUGCUAUAAAUGUCUUUAAUUGUAAGAAUGAUGAACUGUCUCACUGAGACAGAGUUUGAAGCCUAGGUGUUUCUGUCAGAAGCACCUGGUGAUUUCCUUGUGUAAGGCAACCUCUAACACAUGCUGAGAGUUCAGUAUGCACUACAGCCUCUGUGAAAUGAGCCUAGAAAUCAGAAUUGGAAUAUUAUUCUUAGUUUAGCUUUCCAAAUCCUGCAACGCUGAUCAAAUUUUGCUGAAAACCCCCCCUCCAGACUAUUAGCUUGCAUCUAGUUGUGUCAGUCUUAUAGCCUUGUGCUGAAUGUUAAUUUCCCAUUGGGUCAAAAGAAAUUGACCCAGGGCCACAACCAAGUGCCAUCUGCUAGAAAAUGAAGUUCUUUGAUGCAAAGAAUUUUUUCCCAUCAGUGCAGAGAGAUUACAAUGUGUUCAGACUUCCAGUAUUAAGGUUUCGAGAAAAUAAAAAUGAAAAUAUCAGCAAAGACUUUGUACAAUUGAUUUAAGGUGAGUUAAACAACUAAAUACACUUGUGUUUGGCAACUGUAUGGUCAGAUUUUGUUAAGCUUUGCAGUAUCUUGAGUUCAUUUGGUGGUUAAAUGAUAGCUGCUUGUGUUGAACGUUCUUCCACGCAGGAUUUUCAAUCAAACAUUAAAGGGCUUCAGAAAAUGGCCAAUAGAAAAAGUCCAUAGUUCAAAACCACCAAUUUUUAUUAAAAACUUGGCAGCUGGUGUGACUGAGAUCAAAGUAGUGAUAGCAUUUCAGUUCUUACAUUGACAGUUCUGGUGGGAUGGCUUUUGUGCAAUUCCUCAGUUUAUAUAAAAAACACUGAAAAAUUAACCCAAAUGUCAAUUUAGGGCAAGUUUGUGGCUUCAAGUAUUAAGGCAGCUUUAGAGGUUGUACUGCACAAACUCAAAAGGUCCAGUGUUCAUUGUACUCCUAAUAAACCGUUCCAGAUACUGCAACAGUGUGGCCUUGAAAUAAACUCGACAUACUGGGGCUA